AGGUAAUCUUGCGCUGACUUCAAUGUCCUCCUCACGUGUUUUUAUGGACUACGAUGUCCAACCUACGAUCAACUACUUCGGCUGGUUGGAGUCUAACCCACAGAGUGCUGAGUGUGUUAAUGCAGAAGUGGUUACUAAAAGGGAAACGCUGACCAUAGCAGAAAUAUUCGACUACAUCAAGCAGGGAUCUACUAAGGUACCACUAGGUCUACAGAUUUCUUAAUCAUUGAUCCAAACCUUUGAGUCUUAUAUAGUUUUUCGUUCCAGGAGGCUUUUUUUGAGUGCACGGCUACGAUUGAUGAUGUGGUCCAUGGCUCAACCUGGUAUUACAUAUCAUGCAGGGGGUGCCAUACUAAAGCUACGAAAGGCCCAACUUCGUUGAUGUGUUCGAAAUGUGGGAAAGUCAACAUAGAUGGAAAACCACAGUACCGUGCACAGAUAUCUGUCUAUGACAACAGUGAGCAAGCUGUUUUUGUACUGCUUAGGGAUGCUGGUUAUGAGUUGACUGGGAAGCAUGCAGCUGAAUUAGUCAGCAGCUAUUUUGAGGCUAAUGGAAACCAAGGAGUUACACGAGAGGUUCCUAUCCCGGAAGCUUUAAUCAGCACGAUCGGUCAGAAACAUAACUUUUGUGUGAAAGUUACAAAGCACAACUUAGAUGGGAAGUCUCGAUCUUUAACUGUGACCAAGAUUCUCCCUCUGGACACUCCACCAGUUAUAGAAUCUUCGGAAGGAAACCACAACACUGCAGCUGCGGAGGAAACAUUUGAGACUGGAACCAGCGUGUGUGAAGCUUCCAAAAUCAGUGUGGAUUCUGCAGAGGGGAGUCAGAGAAGUUGUGCCAUUGAUGAGAUGGGGGAAGCCAAACGUCCCAAGUGUGGGAUGUAGAGCUGUGUUGCACUAUUUUACUUUUUACAGAUUAUUACUCGGUUUCUUUAGAGGUUUUGGAUGUGGACUUAUAUAAAAGAGGUCAAUAAUUUAUGAAUUUCAACAUAAUAUGGUUUUCAUAUUUGGAAGUGAACCUUCAUGCAUGAGUACGAGGGAAGUUGAUAAUCACCCCUUUUUCAAAAUAAGAAACGUGGUCGUCAAUCAAUAUAAAUACUCCACCUUCCAAGAACGUGUUCAACGGCAUAUAUUUAGGAAUCAUGUAUCAAACGAAGAUAAAUCAAUUAAAUAAAGUUUCCUUCCAAUAACGUAUGACCAUAUAAUAUAUUAUGGCAAAAUCUUAAGCAGUGAAUUCUUUCCAAAUACUCCCUUACCAAUUUAAUUAUUCUUCAAAAUUCUACAAAAAGGGAACCCAGCUUUUAUUUCCCAUUUUGAGAAACGAUACUGAAAUCACCAUUGGAGGUGUCUACCAA